ACGUGACGUGCGGAGAUGAAAACUCACGUGGGGACAGGUAACCAAUGUCAUGUGGCGCUGACACCAGCCAAGUACUUGGCACAGAUCGUGUUGAUGGGUGUGCAAGUGGUGGGCCGGGCAUUCACACGUGCCCUACGUCAGGAGUUUGCCGCAAGCAAGACAGCAGCAGAAGCUAGGGGACGAGCUGGGACAGAAUCAGCAGCAGUCAGCAGCCUGUCUGGGAUAAGCUUUCAGGAGGCCCAACAAAUCCUUAAUGUCUCCAAACUAACCCCGGAGGAGAUCCAGAAGAACUAUGAGCACCUGUUCAAGGUGAACGACAAAGCGGUGGGAGGAUCCUUUUACUUGCAGUCUAAGGUUGUUCGAGCCAAGGAGCGAUUAGAUCAGGAGAUGGAAAUUCAGUCAAAGACGUCCAAUCCAAAAGAAGAGACGUGACUGGCAGCGCAAAAUGCGUUGUGUCCCGAUUCCUGUCCUGUUACAUUUGGACCACUCUAGAAGAUUGGAUACGGCUUCAGUUCUCUCCAAGCAAAGUGCAAUCAGCUGUAAGAAACACACAACAUCGUUUGGAGAAAAGGUCACUAGCGCAAUACGAUGGUUUCACCAAUGUAUCAUUCCUUGUGACAUAAGGGAAGACUUGGUGCCAGAAUAUUGCUGUGUGUGAGCUGCAUUAUUGGUUCUUGUUUUUAUGGUCACAAUAAAAAGCCUCUUAAUGAUCUGCA